AUGGCUAGACAGAGUAGCAGCAGAGGAACUGACUGUGACUUCCGUGAUGCUGACUUCCCUGAUAGCCAAUUUAUAGAUUUAGAAGAAUUGAUAUCGGAUAUAGAUUUAGAAGAAUGGAUAUCGGAUCUAUUUUCUCCGGAAAAAGACCAUCCAAUUAAGAAAACCCUGUCUUGUAGUCUUGAAGAGCUUUAUCAAGGGGCUACCAAGAGGGUGAAAAUAACGAGAGAAGAGGUUGAUCCAAGAGGCUUGACCAACAAAACAGAGGAGAUUCUAACCAUUGACACAAAGCCUGGUUGGAGAAAAGGCACGAAGAUCAAAUUUUCAGAGAAAGGGAACAAGCGACCGAAUGUAAUUCCUGCUGAUAUUGUCUUCACUGUUGAUGAAAAACCUCACUCUGAGUUCACUCGUGAUGGCAAUGACUUGAUCAUCACGCGAAGGAUCUCUGUAACUGAAGCCUUUACAGGUUACACUGUCCAUCUUAUAACCUUAGACGGAAGGAAGUUAACCAUUUCGAUUGACGAUGUCAUCCAUCCGAACUAUCAGAAGGUUGUCCUAAACGAAGGGAUGCCGAUCCUAGGCGAUCCAACAAAGAGAGGAAUGUUGAAAAUCAAGUUCGACAUCAGGUUCCCAACAAGGGUAACUGCAGAGCAGAAGGCAGGAAUCAGAACAAUCUUUGGUCCUUGA